AUGACUAACAAGCGACACAAUUUAUGCAAUGGGUGUGAAUUGGCAUGCUCAGUCGAAGCCAAGACCCAAGACAUUGAGGAAUCAUCGAUAGGUAAAACACAAUUUGAAUUUUCACCCAUAUUUCAGCCCACAGACCCGAUGCAUAAGGAAUAUGAGUAUUACAAGAUCCCCGGCAGCGAGAAGUUCGUGGAAGAGGUAGAGCUACUGGGUCGAAGAGUUCUCAAGGUCAACCCUGAAGCGCUUACGGAUUUGGCGUUCCAGGCGUACACCGAUAUGCAUUAUUUCUUCCGUAAAGAUCACUUGCAAGGCUGGCGCAACAUCCUUGAUGACCCUCAGUCCUCCGAUAAUGAACGCUUUGUCGCCGAUACGUUGUUGAAGAACGCGUGCGUCGCCUCUGCUAUGGUGCUGCCCACGUGCCAGGAUACCGGCACAGCUAUCGUUCUUGGCAAGCGCGGGGAGCUUUGCUGGACAGGCGGUGAGGAUGAAAAGUACCUCUCCAAAGGUAUCUUCGAUGCAUACACUAAGCAAUUCCUGCGCUACAGCCAGACCGCGGCAUUGGAUAUGUUCAAGGAAUACAAUACCGGGGACAACCUUCCCGCACAGCUUGACCUGCUCGCGGGGCCAGGCAAUGAGUAUGAGUUCCUCUUCAUAGCUAAGGGAGGUGGAUCGGCGAAUAAGGCUUUCCUAUUCCAGCAGACUAAAGCCCUGUUGAACCCUAAGUCACUAAAGGUGUUUAUUGAGGAAAAACUCAAAACCCUUGGCACCUCCGCAUGCCCGCCAUACCACUUAGCCCUCGUGAUUGGCGGAACAAGCGCAGAGAUGACGAUGAAGACAGUCAAGCUUGCGAGCUGCCGCUACUACGAUAGCUUACCCACCACCGGCAGUAAAGGUGGACGCGCGUUUCGCGACCUUGAGUGGGAAAAGAUCGUCUUGGAUAUUGCGGCGAACUCCGGUAUUGGCGCGCAGUUCGGUGGCAGGCACUUUGCCUCGCAGGCGCGUGUGAUCCGGCUACCGCGGCACGGCGCAUCCUGCCCGGUCGGCUUAGGGGUCUCUUGCAGUGCCGACCGCCAGAUCCUGGCCCGUAUCGACAAGGACGGGAUCUUUCUGGAGAAACUGGUGCGCGAUCCCACACCAUACCUGCUCGCGAUUCCCCCUCAAAGGAACCUCAACUCCGUUGAGGUUGAUCUUCAUCAGUCCAUGGAUGAGAUCCGGAGUUUGCUGAGCCAGCACACUGUAGGGGCACGUGUCAUGCUCUCCGGCACGCUCGUCGUCGCCCGUGAUAUUGCCCACGCUAAGAUUAAGGAGAUGCUCGACAACGGGGAGCCAAUGCCGGAUUACAUGAAGACAUCUCCUAUCUACUAUGCGGGGCCGGCGAAGACACCGGAGGGCUACGCAAGCGGGUCCUUUGGGCCCACAACAGCCGGCCGCAUGGACUCUUAUGUGGAUUUGUUUAUGUCGAAGGGCGGCAGCUUUGUGACGUUGGCAAAGGGAAACCGAAGCAAGGCCGUAACAGACGCGUGCAAAAAGCACGGUGGCUUCUACUUAGGCAGCAUUGGUGGACCAGCGGCAAUCUUGGCCAAGGAAAGCAUAACGAAGGUCGAUUGCAUCGCAUUUCCAGAGCUUGGAAUGGAAGCAGUUUGGCGCAUUGAGGUGGAUAGCUUUCCGGCGUUUAUUGUUGUGGAUGACAAAGGCAAUGACUUUUACAGUGGCUUGCUUUAG